CUUCCUAUUUACCCCCCCGCCACCCCGGCGGCCGGGGAAAAUUUGGCUAUGCAAUGUCCGGGUUCGUAGACCACUACCUCUAGUGCUUCUUUUGCUAACUACUUCUGCAGACCUCACUUGGUCGCGGACUUGAUCGCGGACUCGAUCGCGAGUUCGUCUUCCUGGGCCCCGUGGCACCAUUCAAACGGCCGGCUGAUGAUGUCAAUACCUUAUCCCGUCAACCGCCACCACAAAUCUUCCGCGAUGUUACACCUGCCUCACGGGUACGCUCCACCACAGUCGAAACGCCAGCGGUGCCACGAGAUUUCCCCUCCACUACCACGACGUCGCGCCCAAUCAUCUUCUCCUCCACUAUCGCAGCGUCGCGAACCCUCCUCGUUGUUGCCAUACCGCACGCCUCUCUCAGUACAGCCAAACACUCGUUCCUUGGGACCCCAAUCUGAGGCUGGCCGUGAGUAUGAAGCUGGCCGCGAAUCCAAAGCGGACCGCGAGCACGUGGAAGGUUUAUCGGUGGUUAAGGACAUGCUUCGUGGCUUCGAAAACACCCUAAAGUCGCGGGGUACUGCAUUUAAGCCGAUAGGGGUGCCUGCUGGGUUCAAGGCCUCCAGUAUUAUCCCUAGUACAUUCGAGCUACAGUCAGCGGCCUCCAAGGGCAGUGCCAUGCGGCAUCUAGCAGACAACAUGGACAUCGUUGCAAGAUCAAAGACAGACAAAACAUUCACCUCGUUCCUGCUGGAGGUCGGUAGGUCUUACCUUUUGCGCCGCUGUUUCAACGCCCUAUUCUUACCAACUAUACCAAUUGUUGCCUCUAACAACUUUACUGUUGCUGCCAUCCGUGGGUUACACUACGGUCUAGUCCCCGGAGAGCGGAACUAGGUGUGUGUAAUCAUCAGCCUCUUCCGCAUCUAAGGCAGGUACAGCGGACAGAUUCUUUGUUAUACAGAAGACGACCUCAGCGAGGCCGUUCAAGCGGGUGAAUUUGAAGACCAGGACGUGCGCAUUUUGGCAACUUUGCCAACCCAGACGUCAGUAUUUUACGCCUGGACAUUGGCGUCUAUG